AUGUGCCUGCACCUGCUCAGCUGGAAGGGCUUUGGAAAAGGGGUCAAGGAGGGAUGUCAGCCGGGCAGGGACAGGUCUCCUGUCGUCCUGUUUGCACAAGUGUCAAAAUCAUCAUUUGAUGUCUUUGCUGCAGAUUCCUCGGCUGGUGAAGGUGUGCAUGGAGAGCUGCCCUUAUUUCCAGCUGGCGUGGCCCAGGGGUGUGUACCACACGGUGCCAGCAGGCGCCUCUGCCCCUGUGCCAUCCGCUUCAGCCCCGAGGAGAACAAGGAUUAUUCCCACGAGCUCACCUGCAUCACUACAAGGGGAAGGAUAGUGGUGCCAAUUCGGGCCAUUGCUGCCCGAGCUGUCCUGGACUUCCCUGAGCAGCUGGACUUCUCCAGGUGUCCAGUCAAGAGCAGCAGCCAGAAGACUCUGCUGCUCCGCAACUCUGGGAACCUGGAAGCUCGUUUCCAGCUGAGCACCCAGAGUCCUUUCUCCAUGACUCCGGCCACGGGAGCUCUGGGCGCUGGUGGCACCGUGCAGGUGACAGUGGGAUUCCACGCGCUGACGGCCGGUGACCAUUGCGGGUGCCUGGCAGUGUGCUGCAGCACAGGUAAAGAAAGAAUCCACACACACCUCCAUGGAGAAGCUGUGGAUGUCAACGUUGGGUUGAGCACAAAUUCUGUGGAGCUUGACAAGACUUUGAUCACCAUGUCAAGCCACAGAACCGUGUGUGCUCCCCCCAGAGCAGGCCGUGAGAGCAGGCUGCACCUCAGAGGGGAAGGCCAAGGACCCGUGGUUGAACUCAGCUGUGAUACUCUGGACCUUGGGGACAUUUUUGUCAACACCCCCCCAUGUCUGUGAGAUGCCAUCUGACCAACAUCUCCAGGAGGGCUGCCCUGCAUGGCAGGAAGAGACAGAGGAGAGCCUGUGACCAUUGGACAGCUGGCGGCCGGGCCGGGCGCAGCAGCAGCUCCAGCCCCGGGUGUCCCUGGAGCGCUGGGAGCUGCCAGUGGCCCCAGGCACUGUCCCCUGAGGAGCUGCUGAAGGACGCUGUAAGGAAGACUACGAGGACAGCCGGAGACUGCCAGGAGCCAGCAGGGAGAAGCUGAGUGCCAGCAGCAGGAGCAGUGAGCAGGACCCUGCUGCUGCCAGCCUGGAGAGAGCCCGGAUGUCCCAUCUGCUCUCCGUGUCCAGGAGAUCUGCCAAACUUCAUCUGCAGGAUCAGAACAACUGGUGUCCUUUGGCCACCUCCAGUUCCCACUGAAGAUGGGUGUUGCCAGGAUUUUUAGUGAAAAAGCCUCUGCUAGGAUUUUUCCCCUCCUGAGGAGCUGAGGGCCUCAGGAAAGAAAUGUAAACAAUAACUAUCUGCUGCUGUGGAGUGCCACAGGUGAAUCUUCCAUUGGUUCAUGUGGAUUGUUUUCAAUCAGUGACCAAUCACAGCCACCUGUGCCAAGGCUGUGAGCAGUCACAGGAUUUUUGUUAUUCAUUCCUGUUCUAUUCUUGUCUUUGUAGCCUUCUGAUCUUCUUCUCUCUGUUCUUUUAGUAUAGUUAUAAUGUAGUGUUUUAGUAUAAUAUAUAUCAUAAUAAAUCAGCCUUCUGAUCAACAUGGAGUCAAGCCUUGUGUCCUCGCACCAGGGGUCCAAGUCAAAGCAACAAUUGGUGACCCCUGGACGUGUGAAACUGAUGGUCACCCCAAGAGUGACCAUGGAAUCUAGCCUGGAGCUGAAGAAACGAGACCCUGAAGAUGGGCAGAGUUCACAGCCAAGGCGAACGGGAGAACCUGUUGGACUUUCCUGGAGAUUGUGUCCAGAGACCGCAGAGCAGCAGAGCUGCACAGCUGGAUCCACAAGGACACUGUCUAAAGGUACUGUUAUUUUUUCCCUUUCUGAAGAUCCUGCCAUUCGCAAAAGGUGGGAGGAAAGUUGGGAAAAGGUACCUUCAGAAGCUCAGGUUCCGUUUACUGCGUCAGAGGAGAAAGUUAUUAAAUUCUGGUGCAGAUGGGGACACAGGAACAGAAUUCCUUAUCGUCAGUGGGAGAGAGAUUGUUAUGAGUUUUUCAAAUGGGCAAAAUUUCAUAGAUUUUUUACAAAUGUCGUCUACUCCCUUGAUUUCGAUUUAUGGGAGCUCAUGGACGCUGCUUUUCAUUGGGCACUAGGCCAGGGUGUUGGGUACCCAGAGGUGUUUCUAGUGCACAUAUACAUUUAUCUUUUUAAUUUGAAAACAUUGCACAAUGCGAGGGACAUCCUGGCUCAGGCGCGCAGUCGCUUGCUGUCCCCGCCAGGUUCAGCACGAAAGAAGCCUCUCAAAGAAGACGAACCGCGGGUUUGCAGCCCCCCCGCACAGCCCACAGCUGAGCAAAAGUUUUUCUCUGCUCCCUCGGAGCAAACAGAUCUGCCUUCCACCCCCGCUCCUUCUCUUGGGGGGGAUGGGGAGCCGGCCCCGCCGCUUUCCGGGCCGGCCCCGCCCGCUUCGCCGCGGAACUCUCCGCUUCCCCCACCCCGGGAGGGGGCGGAUCCGGCUCCGCCUCAGCCAGCCCCGCGGGAGGCGCCGGACCCCGCGGCUCCGCCUCAGCCGGCUCCGCCCGCGGCCCCGCAGCCGCCCGAGCCAGCUCCGCCGGCUCUGAUGACUGCGCCUGCGCCGCGGCACCCGGAACCGCCUCCCGCCGAUCCGCCCUUGUUGCCAGGCAGCGCGAUCAACAACAGUGAUUCCCCGGCUGUGCUGCUGCUCCCGGGAGCUGCAGGAGCUGCCUCCGUGUCUUCUUCUUUCUCUGCAUCCCAGCCGGCAACUGAAUUCGCAAUGGUGCAGGCGGCGCCUGCGCGGGCCGACCCCGUUCCGAGCCCGCCGCCCCCGCCUGUCCCGCCGCUCCCUGCCGAUCCAAUUGCAGUGCAAGAGCUUGCCGAGAAUGGUGCUGAGCCCACGGGAUCGACUCAAGAGUCGACACCAGCGCCCGUGCUGCCCGCACCACCCACCCCAGUUGUCCCGCAGGUUUCCGGAGCUCCGUCAGUCGCAUCAGACCCUGCGAAGAGCCUGUCCUUCUGUGGAGGGGGCAUGGCCCGCCAGCUAACUGCAGGAGCAGUUCGGCUGGCUGUGUUCAAAAUCAGUAUGGUUUCUGGGUCAUUUCGCGCGUGGUCGGGGGCUUCUCCCUGGGGGUUGGGGUGCCUGCCUCCCCCCGAGCGCCCCAGCGGCGUGGGGGAGUUGGCUCCUGUGGCAUCUGCCUCUGGUUCCCAGCCCAGUGGGGAUGGGGGUGGUGCCGAGGGGCAGAAAGCAGGAGCAGUGCCAUUUGCCUUGCAGGAGCAAGAGAAACAGAGCAAAGCCAGCAUUGCUCGCUUGCUCUGGGGACAAGAAACCCUCAGAUCUGGGAUGACAAUUCCUGAGAAAGCUUCUCUUCUCGAGCUGCCGGUGUGCACCGGUGCUGCUGGGGGGAGGAAGCAGUGGGUCAUUUCUGCUCUGAAGACACUGGCAGCAUGGUCCUGCCAGGUUCUGAGCAUGCAGAGCCCGCCUCACAGGCUGGUUCUGGGCCGUUUGGCUCAUUUUCAUGGGCCGGGGCCACUGCCCCGUCCAGUGCUGGGUUUGGGGACUUUGCUUUCCCCGCAGGGACCUGGGCCACCAUUCUGUGAGCCAGGUCUGGGUUCUCUGGUCCGCCCACCAGGACCAGGGCCACCGAAGGGUCCUAGAGACCCUCUGCUGCUGCUACUCUUCUUCUUUUCAAAAAAAAAAAAAAAAAAAAAAAAAAAAAAAAAAAUUUAUAAAGAAAAGUGGAAAGAGCUAGCAGCUCAAAAGCAUUGAAAAGCCAAAAGUUAGCCUCAGCCCAAGUGGUUCAAUGAAGGGCUGUGGCCAGGGCAUUCCAGAAUUUUCUCUGAAUUGUUUCAUGACUGUCAAUUAAUUUUUCAUGAUUCUUGUUUUCUUUAGCAGUUCUUUGUUUCAGAAUUCUGCAAGCCUGUUUCAGGACCAAAGGGGACUUCCAGAGAUGUCAAAGAAGAACAUCUUCAGUCCAUGGACUCUGUCCUGAAACUCAGCUGCUUGGACUUGAAACAAUGAACUUUCUCUGCAUGAGUUUUUUGCAUUUUCUUAUAUUUUAAGAUUGUUAUAGUGAUAUGAUAUAAUUUAAUGUUUGAUAGGUGAAGAAUUUCCCUGAACAUUCCACAUCAGCAGAUGAUUGAGAUUUUGAUUGGCAACAGAUGAACCUCAAGAGGUGCUUGUUCUCUCUUCUGCAAGGGCCCAGUAGAAGAGAUUGCAAACAUUUCUUUUUCUAUUUAAUUUAAUAAUUUAAAAGGGUGAGAUGUUGCCAGGAUUUUUAGUGAAAAAGCCUCUGCUAGGAUUUUUCCCCUCCUGAGGAGCUGAGGGCCUCAGGAAAGAAAUGUAAACAAUAACUAUCUGCUGCUGUGGAGUGCCACAGGUGAAUCUUCCAUUGGUUCAUGUGGAUUGUUUUCAAUCAGUGACCAAUCACAGCCACCUGUGCCAAGGCUGUGAGCAGUCACAGGAUUUUUGUUAUUCAUUCCUGUUCUAUUCUUGUCUUUGUAGCCUUCUGAUCUUCUUCUCUCUGUUCUUUUAGUAUAGUUAUAAUGUAGUGUUUUAGUAUAAUAUAUAUCAUAAUAAAUCAGCCUUCUGAUCAACAUGGAGUCAAGCCUCGUGUCCUCGCACCAGGGGUCCAAGUCAAAGCAACAGAUGGGAGCACCUGCAGAGCAGAGGGGACCAGCUGCAGCUCCAGGCCCAGCUCUUGCUGGUCACGGCUGAGUCUGUGACAAGCUCCAGGAGCUGCUGCCAUCUCCCUCCCUGUUGGCAGCUCCCUCCCUCCAGCCCACAGGCCCUGCCCAUCCCCUUUAUUCCCUCCCAGCUCACCCCUUCGCUUUGCCUUCCCUUAUUAAACAGUUUGUCUUUUUCA